GCACGUCGCGUUUCUUAACAACGGAAAAAACACGCGCAUCGAAAGAUAAAAAUUAUUAUUAUAACAUUUUUAAAGUCAUCACUAUUUUAAUCUCUACAUUUUGAUAGAGCAAUAAAUUUAUUUAUUAUAAGUUCAAAAAAUAUGAUUGUUCAAAACAUUCACGGUUAAUCAAACUUAUUGGUUUUCAGUUUGAUAUAAAAAGAAAGUUAUAGGUACGAAAUAGAAAGUGUUGUGCAAUAAUAUCAUAAGCGAUUUCAUAAAAAGAAUUCAAAUGAAGGAGCCCAAUCCAAAGAUGAGCGGGUGUAGUUUACGAUGCCGAAGGUGCCUUUUAUUUAGUUGUAGUGGAAUUUUUGUAAUAUUAGCUUUAGUGUGUGGUUUACUAUGGCCUAUGAUAGCAGAUCCCAUUAUGCGAUCGCAAUUAGUGUUGCAGCCUGGCAGUAAAAACUUUGAAAUGUGGAAAGAAACUCCUAUACCAAUUUACUUAGAACUCUAUUUAUUCAACUGGACGAACCCAGAUGAUAUUAAUAACCAUGAUAUUAAACCACAUUUUGAAGAAAUGGGACCAUAUGUAUUUCACGAAAAACAUGUCCGAGUUGACUUAAAUUGGAACCAAAAUAGCACAAUCACAUUCAAGCAGAAAAGGAUAUGGAACUUUAUGCCGGAUAUGUCGAAAGGAUCUUUGGAUGAUAUGAUAACUAACUUGAAUGUCAUUGUUUCAACAGUAGCAUAUACUGUAAGAAAUAAGCACUAUCUCAUACAAAAAGCCGUAGAUCUUCUGAUGAGAGAGAAGCGUGAAAAACUAGUCAUAACUAAAUCAGUGCGGGAACUAUUAUUUGAUGGGUACCAGGAUCCUUUAAUAGAUCUGAUCAGAAAAAUGAACAACACAGGAUUCCAAAUUCCUUUUGACAAAUUCGGAUGGUUUUACUCCCGUAAUGAUUCAAAAACGUACGAUGGUGAAUUCAACAUGUUCACCGGAGAAGACUCGAUGUCCAAAUUGGGCGUCUUGGACAGGUGGAAUGGCGUGACCGAAACUAAGUUCUAUCAAGAAAACUCUCAAUGUUCUAAGGUUGUAGGAACGACUGGAGAACUUUGGCCACCCCUUGAAGGACAUGACAAAAUCACUGUUUUUGCCACAGAUAUAUGCAGGGGAGUUUCCUUAACAUAUUCGGGUCCACAUUCAGAGCACGGAAUAAAGGGCAACAUAUACAUCGGUGAUAAAUCGGUCUUUGAUAAUGGUGUAGUAUACCCGGAAAACAAAUGUUACUGCAUAUCCGAUCGGGAACAUUGCCCAGAUUUGGAAUCAGGAAUGCUUAAUGUUUCUAGCUGUCGAUAUGGGGCUCCAGCUUUUGUUAGCUACCCUCACUUUUAUUUGGCAGACCAGAGUUACUUAGAAGCUGUGGACGGACUUAAGCCAGAUAAAUCUAUUCAUGAAUUUAGAGUGGCGCUUGAGCCCCAAACUGGAAUUCCUCUACUUGUCAAUGCAAGAUUGCAAAUCAAUAUGCUCUUACAGCCUGUAAAAGGCAUAUCAAUGAUGAACAGCGUGCCUAAAGUAUUUGUGCCUAUGAUGUGGUUCUGCCAAAGAGUAUCUUUAUCUGAAGACAUUGCUUCGCAGGCGAAGCUCGGCCUUGUCAUGAUAGAUUUAGGAUCCUAUCUGUCAUAUGCCUUUGCCGGAAUUGCUCUAAUCAUCAUUUUAGUAGGUUUAUAUUUAGUUUGUAAGGGCCCUUGGAAGGGCAGCGAAGGUGAGCGCCUGAUACGGCCGGUAUCAUAAAAAGACAGAAAUAUAAUGUUUUAGUAUUUUGAUAUUCCAUUAAUGUUCUGAUAUGAGUGAUUAUGCUCAAUGUUGAAUUUGAUACUUAUUUUUAUUUGUUCAAAUGUUGUUUGAAAGAUGAUUUUUUUUGAAAACGAUCUUUCUAAAGGAAAAUUUAUUUAAGUGCUUCAAUUUUUAAUCUUCCAAUAUUCUAAAAUUGUAUUUUAGAUUUCAUAAUAAUCCUGCUCACAUAAUAUAUUAAUAUCUUAUAAUAAUCUUUUACUCUAACAUUUAAUAAUUAUUAAUUCAUUUUAAUGCCAUUUUAGUCACAUCAUAAACUCAGGCUCUUAAUUUAAAAUGAGAUAAGAUCUUUAAGUCAUAUUUGUUGCCAGUUUAACUAUAGUUAUAUAUAAAUAUAUAACCAAAAUAAUUGUGAUACUUCAUGCCUUUCAUUACAACUGAUAUAAAAAUUAAUUUGCGU